AAAUCCAACAGUUUUACUGAGUACAACAAACCGAACACAAUGGGUCAAGUGCUUAGGAUUCUUAGCUGUCUUCAAAUUUUGCUGCUGCUUUUACGCACUGAUGAGGCGAAUGCAAAGGGAAUAUGCCUUUAUUUCAGUGAGAAAACAGCUACUUGGUUUGGUGCCCUGGCCAUCUGCAAAAAGCUGCACAUGUGUUUGGCCAAUCUGGACACCGAAGUUACCCUGAUCCAAAUGAAUACUAAAAUGGACAACGAAGAGCACGAGUACUGGUUUGGACUGAAUGCACAUGAAAAGCCCAACUUCAGAUACGUGUCAAACAACAAGUCCAUUGAGUACUCCCCACUCAACUCCAAGCUCGUGAACAAUGAAGGAUGCGCCUAUGUUAAACACCAGCAAGACUUUUUCAAAUUCGAGUCCGCAAGCUGUCACGAGCACAAAAGAUUCAUCUGCAGUAAAACCGACGAAUGCGAUGGGGUUAGCAUGAAACAUGGAGAUUCAAAAUGUGUUAUAACCGAAGAGCAACAAGAAAUUGUGGCCUACUAACCUAUAGUUUACUGCAGGCAAAUAAAUAAACUGUUUUGACAGGCUUCACCAUAAUUUA